AGAUUGAACGCGCAUUUAAAAGAAUUCAUUUUUAGCUGGUGUUUCCUCGAUUACUCAAAAGAUCUUCUUAAAUCAGUGAAGUGGUUACCAUAUUCGAUGGAUUUUACCACGAUGUUGUCGAUGUAUACAUCUAUAAUCAUGUCAAUCAUGUCGUGGAAGGUCAAUGGAAAAUAGAGGUCUUAUGACUUCUUGCACGCUAUGCCUGGUGGAUUCUAUGCCUCAAUCACGACAUGAUAUAAACAUCAACUCUGAAGUAAAAAUUGGUAUAGAUGAUCCAAACAUGGAUGAGAAAGACCCGAAGCAAAUCGGCGUACAUCUAUCUGACUUGGAGAUGGUAAGAUUUAGGCUCUGUUUGUGGGCCCUUCUUUUGCUAUGUUGUGGGGCCACAGAUGCAAAAUCAACGGUUUACAUGAAGUAUAAAGAUCCUAAGCAGCCGAUCAAUGUUCGGAUCAAAGAUCUCAUGAAACGGAUGACUCUAGCGGAAAAGAUCGGUCAGAUGACGCAGAUCGAACGGUCAGUAGCGUCUGCCCAAGUGAUGGAAGACUUCUUUAUCGGGAGUGUGCUGAGUGGUGGAGGGAGUGUACCAGCUCCACAGGCCUCGGCCCAGACAUGGAUCAAGAUGGUGAAUGAAUUCCAGAAGGGUGCAAUCUCGACCCGCCUCGGGAUUCCGAUGAUCUACGGCAUCGAUGCCGUCCACGGCCACAACAAUGUCUAUGGGGCUACAGUAUUCCCCCACAAUGUAGGGCUCGGAGCCACCAGGGAUCCUGAGCUAGUGAAGAGGAUCGGUGCCGCGACCGCUCUCGAAGUUAGGGCGACCGGCAUCCCUUACGUCUUCGCUCCCUGCGUCGCGGUUUGUAGAGAUCCGAGGUGGGGCCGCUGCUUCGAGAGCUACAGUGAAGAUCCAACGGUCGUCCAAGCAAUGACAGAGGUCAUAUCUGGCCUACAGGGAGAGAUCCCUUUAGAUUCUCGAAAGGGUGUCCCGUAUGUUGCUGGACGGAAUAAUGUUGCAGCCUGCUCUAAGCACUACGUCGGGGACGGCGGCACAACGAAGGGAAUCAACGAGAACAACACAGUGAUUGAUUUUCAUGGAUUGAUGAGCAUUCACAUGCCUCCUUACUACAAUGCCAUCAUCAAAGGCGUAUCAACGGUCAUGAUCUCUUAUUCUAGUUGGAACGGUGUAAAAAUGCACUCCAACUACAAACUCAUCACUGAUGUCCUCAAAAACAAGCUCCGGUUCCGAGGUUUCGUCAUCUCUGAUUGGCAGGGCAUCGAUAGAAUGACAUCUCCACCACAUGCGCAUUAUUCGCAUUCUGUCUACACUGGGAUACAUGCCGGCAUUGACAUGGUGAUGGUCCCAUACAACUACACCGACUUCAUAAGCAAUCUGACCGUCCAUGUUGAGAAAAGGACGAUCCCGAUGAGCCGGAUCGACGAUGCCGUGAAAAGGAUCUUGCGGGUCAAAUUCACCAUGGGCCUGUUUGAGAAUCCAAUGGCUGAUCUUAGCUUAAUUGAUCAGCUCGGAAGCCAGGAACAUAGACAAUUGGCAAGGGAAGCUGUGCGGAAAUCGCUCGUCCUAUUGAAAAAUGGCAAAUCCUUUGAUUCGCCCAUUCUGCCCCUAUCGAAGUAUGCGAAGAAGAUCCUGGUCGCUGGUAGCCAUGCCCAUAACUUGGGUUAUCAAUGUGGAGGUUGGACAAUCACAUGGCAGGGGCUUAGUGGGAAUAACCUCACAAAAGGAACAACAAUCCUAGACGCUGUUAAAUCGACUGUUGAUCCAGCCACCAAAGUCAUCUACAGCGAGAAUCCCAGCACGGAAUUCGUCAAGCAAUCUGAUUUCUCCUAUGCAAUUGUCGUCAUCGGCGAGAAAUCUUACGCACGGCGAUAACCUACACCUUACAAUCUCCGAGCCAGGCCCAAGCAUGAUAAAGAAUGUGUGUGGAUCCAUCAAAUGUGUGCUCAUCGUCAUAUCAGGCUGGCCCGUCGUGAUCGAGCCAUACAUCUCCAUGAUUGAUGCUCUCGUGGCUGCAUGGCUUCCAGGAACCAAGGGCCAAGGAGUUGCAGAUGUCAUCUUUGGCGAUUACGACACCACCGGCAAGCUUCCUCGCACAUGGUUCAAGUCCGUCGAUCAGCUCCCGAUGAAUGUACGCGACCCACAUUACGAUCCACUCUUCCCAUUUGGAUUUGGGCUCCAAUUUAAGUAGAGUUAUAAUGCAAAAUGCAUGUAGUACAUGAAAAUGCAAUUUAGAGUUAGAAAUAGAGAAGCAUCUUGGCUUUCUUUCGGCACCAUCCAUAGAUUUUGUUCUAGAAAAAUGCUCACAUGUAAUAUCAUAUGUGAACUGUCCAUGUUUAAUGCUUUUAUAUUUUAUAAGAAUAAAUGCAUGUCUUUUUAGUC